AUGCACACUAGGGAUCACUUCGAGGACCUCACAGAUGACAUCCUCUGGCAUGUGCUCUCCUUUCUUCCGGCCAAUGAGGCCCUCCCGACCUGCGUGCUCGACACCCGGUGGCGAGAUCUCUGGAGGCACACGACCAGCCUGCACCUCGUCUUUGACGGGUCAGUGUUCCCGAGAUACAAGCGUUUCGAACAGUUGGUGAAGCUGGUUAUCCAUCUCCGUGGGGAAUCACCUCUCGUCACAUGCGAGAUUGAUGCAUAUCCUGAUGAUGACCCCGAGCACACCUUCAGAAACACCAAGUUGUUGAUUGAUUACGCCCUGGCGUGCGAAGCUGAGGAGCUAGUAGUAAGAGCUGCUGACAUUCGGUAUGACAUACCAAUGUUUGAUGUUCCUCUGAAUCUCAUCUCCCAUCACUUGAAGACCUUGCACCUUGAACGGAUCAACCUCGACCACUCUGAUUUGAAGUUCUCAGGGUGCCCGGUGUUAGAGGAUCUAUGUAUCCAGCUUUGCAGCAUUCGUGCAAGCGAGAUAUCAUCCAUGUCACUAAAGCGUCUGUCCAUCAUUGACGUUUGUUAUUUACGUCACGUUGUGCGCAUUCAGAUUUGUGCCCCGGGUCUCAUCUCACUGCAACUAUAUGAUUUCGAAGGAUUGACUCCUUGCCUUGAAAACAUGCCAUUGCUAGAAACAGCUUAUGUUGGGCUUGGCGAUGGAUGCUAUGAUUUUUGUCGUGAUGGCCAGUGGGAUUGUAGUAACCCUUUCUGUGGUUGCCAUUUUUAUCCUGUCAACAAUGGGGUGCUUCUUGGUGGUUUCUCCAAUGUUGUCAAGUUGGAGUUGAUAGCUCUACCUAAAAUGUUUAUCUACAAAUGGGAUUUAGAGUGCUGCCCAAUAUUUUGCAAAUUAAGGACACUGAUACUCAAUGAGUGGUUCACGGCUAAUGAACUAGUUUGCAUUCUCCAGCACUCUCCACUUCUUGAGAUGCUCACUCUCCAGCUUGGUAAUACGGAGAGCAACAUAGGAGCAAUGGGGGGCCAAGAAAUGAUUGAGAAAUCAUUUGUGUGUGCACAUCUCAAGGUUGUCAACAUCGAAUGUAAAGAGGUUGACGAGGGGAUUCACAAAAUUUUGAAGACCUUGAGGACAGGUGGCAUACUUUGCGAUCACAUUAGCAUCAAGACUCCGGCACCAUCCACAUAUUCUGUGGGAGCUGCCUAG